AUGUUGGCUGAUAUGGCCAUUGGCGUGGAGACGGCGCGCUUAGCCACGUACCGCGCGGCUUGGGAGGUUGACCAAGUGAGUUCAAUCUUAUGUACAGCAUGUGCUGUAAUGUUCAACCCCUCCUUUUUUCCCCAAAGAUUGCCAAAAUAAAGAACUAUCUGCCUUGAUAAACAAGAUAACCUCUGGGCAUGUGAUUCCCUAAUGUCGUUGUUUCUCUACCAAACUAGCCUGUGUAUAACCGCCCUCUCCCCUCCAAAGAGGGACGGCUGAUCAUAGACCAUACCAAAGGGAAAAUCAUUCUCCUGCCCAAAGCUGUGAUCCGCUUGGCCAGUGCGACGGAUCGGGAGCUCUGGCUGGGGCUGCAGCAGGAAUUGCUCAAAACACGGACCUCUGGCUUUCUGUGCAUCCUCAGAAUUUUGAAAAAAUAACGGUUACCAACGGUUACGAAAAUGCGAAACUACUGUGCUUGCACGUUUAUCCUGGUCCCAGCCAGAGCGAACGAUCCAUGUUGCGGACACAAGGAUGGCAGCUCUCGACACGAAAAUGAGUGAAAAUCCAUUGAGCUCUAACGUGCUUGUGUAUUUUUAGGGUCGCCGCAAUACUUAUUUCGCCUCUAUAGCUAAAUGUCUGGCUGGAGAUGUCGCCAACAAGUGUGCGACUGAUGCUGUGCAGGUGGGUAGUCAACCUUUUAUGAGUAGUAAAGUGUCCAGAGCAAAAUCCCCUCGUGGUUUCCUCUUCUAAGCUUCUACCCCAGCUGAGACAUUUUCCCGUAUUCCUUUGGUUUCCAGAUCUUUGGCGGAAAUGGAUUUAACACGGAAUACCCAGUUGAAAAACUGAUGAGGGAUGCUAAAAUCUUCCAGGUGAGCCCGCCAACUGCUGAGUGUUGCCGCUUGUAG